CAACAUCGAGGCGAGGCUCAUGAUUCAGACCAAAGACCUGCAGAAAGAGAUUGAAGCUAUGAAGGACAAAACUGAAGAGAACAGAGAGACAGCGAGAGAAGCCAGAGAGGUGGCAGAGAGUGCUUUAAACAUGACCACUGAUGCAGAGACGGAGCUCAGUGAUGUCACUAAGCAGUUUGAGGUUUUAAAGCAAAAUCAACAGAAUCAGGAGGUCAAGGGUCAAGUUGAUGGUCGACUGAAGAGCAUCAUGAUGGAAGCUGAGGACAUGAAGAGACAAGUGGAGGACAAACUCCAGCAGAUACAAGGUCAGAGCGCUGACCUGCUGGUGUGUUUGAGGCGUGAUAGGUGUGACCUUCAGAUAAACUCUGAGGCACUGAAAUGUCAUUUCUGUCGUCACUGGACAAAGUAAAAUCCCUGUCCCCAUCACAGCUUUGCUUCUGUGUUUAACUAUUGUAUGUUUCCGGUCAUGUAUCUCCACUCCCACUUCUAUAUAUAGAUGCAUAAAUACAAAAAUGUUUAUUUCGUAAAUAUAACUGAAAUAAC